AUGGCUGAGGCACAAGUGGGUGGCAAUGGCUCUUCCGGUGUAGCUAGGCGCAAAGCCUUAAGGCGAGCCAUGGGGGCGCCACCAUCACAACCUCCAUGUGGGGCUUGCAAGUUCUUGAGAAGGAAGUGCCAUGGUGCGUGCACUUUUGCACCUUACUUUAGUUCAGACCAAGGUCCUGCACGCUUUGCAGCUGUGCACAAAGUGUUUGGUGCAAGCAAUGUUGCAAAGCUCUUGUUGCAUAUUCCGAUGGAGCGCCGCCGUGAAGCGGUGGCUACUAUAACGUACGAGGCUCAGGCUAGGCUUGCUGAUCCUGUUUAUGGUUGCGUCUCCACUGUACUUGCUUUGCAGCAACAGGUGGCAUCGCUGCAAGGAGAGCUUGCUAUGGUGCAAAAUCAGUUGAUAAAUGCUAAGUUGGCAUAUGCAAGUGCUCUUCAGAACAUGCAACAGCAACAACAGCACUAUCAACCAUACAUGAAUGUACCUGUGCAGCCAUCAUUCUCCAACAAUUCAAGUGCUUCCACCAACCCCAUGAACAUUAACUACUUCAACCCUGGUUUCAACCAUGCAAUGGAGGCAGCACCUUCAUCACACAGCUUUGAGCCCCUUCAAAUGUCUCCCUUGUCCCAUGAUGAGGAAGGGGAUGAGGAAGAAAGCAGGAUCCCCUUCAACCGUGGCAUAGUACUUAACCGCCAUUGA